CGGCAGGUCUGCACCUGCUCGACUUCAGCAGCAUCCAGGUGCCUCCAGAGGCUCUGGCUGCUGCCACAGACAGCAAUUCAGAUGACACCAGCAUGGACGACGUGGCGGGACCGGGCCCCACGUAUGCAGCCGAGGAGGACCCGCGCAUCAUCCGUGACAUGUUCCUUGCCAACCCGGACCAGCUGGCACUGCUGAAGCAGAACAACCCGCGGCUGGCCGAAGCACUGCUCUCCGGGAACCUGGACAGGUUUGCGGGCGUGCUUCGGGAGCAGGUGGAGAUACGUGCAGAGCGUGAGCGGCAGCGCAUCCGUAUGAUGAACGCGCACCCCUUCGACUUGGAGGCACAGCGCCUCAUCGCCGAGGAGAUCCGCCGGAAGAACAUAGAGGCCAACCUGGAGGCAGCCAUCGAGUACAACCCAGAGAUCUUCGGCACCGUCACCAUGCUUUAUAUCAACUGCCGGGUCAACGGCUACCCUGUGAAAGCUUUCAUCGACUCAGGUGCACAGACGACGAUAAUGUCAGCGGCGUGCGCAGAGCGUUGCAACAUAAUGCGGCUGGUGGACACGCGCUGGGCUGGCGUCGCCAAGGGCGUAGGAGUGCAGCGGAUAAUCGGCCGCAUCCACAUGGUUCAGGUGCAGAUAGAAACGGAUCACCUGACAACUUCCUUCAGUGUGCUACAGGAACAACCCAUGGACAUGCUCUUGGGCCUGGAUAUGCUGCGUGGGCACCAGUGCUGCAUUGACCUUCAGAAGAACGUGCUCCGCAUCGGUACGACGGGAACGGAGACGCCGUUCCUGCCCGAGUCUGAGUUGCCAGAGUGUGCCCGGCUCUCUGGGCCUGGGGAGAGCAUGUCCGCAGAAUCGUUGGGGCGGUCCAUUUGUGAGGCAGAGGAUCGCGAGCUGGCGCGCGCCCUACAGGAUUCGGAGGCCUCCGCCAUGGCGCACCGUAGUUUCUCCACAGAAUCACAGGAUGCUGGUGCCCGGGCGCCAUCUCUGCCUAGGGACCCGUCACUGACUAUACUGCCGACCGACAAGUUCGGCGAGAAUGAGGUGCGCGACUUGGUCAGCCUCGGUUUCACCAGAGAACAGGUGAUUGCUGAGCUGCGCCGCUUCGACGGAGACAAGAACCGAGCGACGGCUUCUCUCAUCGCCAAGUCGACGAGAUUCGUGUGACUCACGAGCAGCCGAGACAGACAGAGAGGGUCGACCGCGUCCCUCCGUGCAGAGGUUGCUGC